GGGGCGACUUCCUAAAAGCACAUUCCCUUCUGUGUGCCCUCAGCCUGACGCAUGUUAUGUCCUCUCUCUGUUGAAACUAUGUAACUCUGAGUAUAGUCCAUAACUGGAGGCUAUAAUAGAGAGAGAGACUAAACUUUCUCAGGAGCUUUACUCCACUCCUGACUGUUUACUUUCACUUUCACAGCUGAGCAGCAGCAGCCACAGAGGAGGAACUUGUGGUAGAGAUUUCCUGGAUGGAAUCGGACAGUCUGCUGACCGGGACUGUGAACGGAGCCGCCGAGGAUUAUGGCUCCUUGCCGGGCAAAGAGCACGGAGGGGCUCCGGGCAGCAGCAGCAGCAGCAGGAGGAAGAUGUCCUACGAGGUGGCCGGACAGUCGUGCAGCGUCGAGAGCGACUCAGAUGAUCGGGACCUCUACAUCCAACAAGCUGUCGUACUCAUCGAGGACGCCAUACAGUACCGGUCCAUCAACCACCGGGUGGACGCCCGCUCGCUGUGCCUGUAUCGAUGGUACUACUCCAGGAUAUUCCAGUGGGGUUUGGGCCUAACCAUCGCGGUGGUGUUGCUGCUGGCGUUCUUGGAGCGCCCGUCCUCCAUGUCCAUGUCCUCGGACCCCCGGCAUCGCUCUCCUCCCUGGGAGCCUCCCUGCGGCCUCACCGAAGGCAUCGAGAUGGUCUGCCUCGUCAUCUUCGCUCUCGAUCUCGCCGUUAAGAGCUACCUGAUUGGCUGGGAGGAGUUCAGAAAGAACAAGUGGCUGAUCGGCUACACGGUAGUCAUUACAUUCUCCAUCAUCGACUGGGUGUUGUCUGUCAGCAUGGUGUGCGAUGAGAGACUUCGAGUACGGCGACUCCUCCGGCCGUUCUUCCUCCUGCAGAACUCUUCCCUGAUGAAAAAGACGCUGAAGUGCAUCAAGAGGACUCUGCCAGAGAUCGCCAGUGUCAUCCUGCUGUUGGCGCUCCACCUCUGCCUCUUCACUAUGAUCGGCAUGCUGCUGUUUGCUAAAAGCGAGGAUCCAGAGAAGAACGGGGAGUGGAGGUUACAUUUCAGAGACCUGCCGAGCUCUCUGACCUCUCUGCUGGUGCUGCUAACCACGGCCAACAACCCAGAUGUGAUGAUCCCUGCCUACUCCCUAAACAGAGGCAACUCCAUCUUCUUUGUCCUCUUCAGUGUGAUUGGAACCUACUGUCUGAUGAACUUACUGACGGCCAUCAUCUAUAACCAGUUCAGGGGAUAUUUACUGUUGUCGGUCCAGACGUCCAUCAUCAGGAGACGACUGGGGAUCCGAGCUGCUUUCCAAGUCCUCAGCUGUCAGGGAGCCCAACGAGCUGCUGAGGAGCAUGUGGGUGUUGAUGUGGUGCUGAAGGUGAUGUCCGGGGUCCACAUGAAGAGCUACUACAGAGCGGCCAUCACUAAGGAGGCGGGGCGGUAUGCAGAUGUGGGCUACAUGGAUCGAGAGCAGUUCAGGAAGAUAUUUGACGAGCUGGAUAAAGAUCGCAUUAAGGAGCACCCUCCCUUGCCCCAGUACAACUCUCCAGUCCUGCAGAGGCUCCAGGUGGUCUUCAGUCACUACUAUCUCACUAUACUUGGAAACGCGGUGGCUUUGGCCAAUGUCAUAUGCAUAUGUACCGUCCUGGUGUUGAAUUCAGAAAAGUCCACGACAGAGAGAGACAACUUCAUCAUAGAGAUCAUCAACCUGUGCUUCAUCCUAUACUACCUGUUUGAAAUGUGCGUGAAGAUCUUUGCCUUCGGCUGGAAAGGAUACCUGUCCUACAGGAACAACAUCUUUGACGGCUUCCUCACCAUCCUGCUGCUGAUCCUACAGAUCACUAUAUAUAUCACCUACAGGCUUCCUUAUUCUCAGUGGGACCCGUCCCAUGGUGUAAUAUCUCUGUGGGAGAUGGUUCGUCUGAUCAACAUGCUGAUUGUGUUCCGCUUCCUGCGCAUCAUCCCUGAUAUCAAGCUCAUGGCUUUGGUCGCGAGUACGCUGUUGGACCUGGUGAAAAAUCUCCGAGCCUUUGCAGGGAUACUGCUGGUGGUGUACUAUGUGUUUGCUGUGAUUGGGAUCUGGCUGUUUGAGGGAACCAUUAAACCUCCUCCAGACAUGAGUGUGAUCUCCAACUCCUCCAUGGAGAACGUCACCUCUAACUUCAGCAUGGAGUGCGGCACCUACGAGCAGCUGGAAUACUGGCCGAACAACUUUGAUGACUUCGCUGCAUCCAUCAUUUUGCUGUAUGAUGUCAUGAUAGUCAACAACUGGCAGGCCUUCAUGGACGCAUACAGCAGAUACACCACUGAGUGGUCGAAGAUCUACUUUGUGUGUUGGUGGCUCACCUCGUCUGUCAUGUGGGUCAACUUGUUUGUGGCGCUCAUCUUAGAGAACUUCAUCUACAGGUGGGACCGUAGUCACAGCUGCUCUGUUACAGAUGUGGAGAGGAUCCGAUAUGAAACAUCUGUUCAGCUCAUGUUCAGAGAGCAGAUCCAGGAACCAACGGAAGAGGAAUUACUAUGUCAACUACACCAACACCCCCACUUACACCUAGACUGGUGACACACUCACACACUCAGCACCAGCACCUACAACCAGUCAAGAGACUGCUACUAAAUGAGUCUAUUUUCUACUACUAGUGUAUUUUAAUUUUGGAUUAUUGUAAUAUAUAAUUAAUUACUACUACACUGUUUCUCAGUGGCAGAGGCUCUGUGGAGGAAGACGUCAUGUCUCACAUGAGUGGGUGGCUCUAAAAGCCAUAAGUUGAGUAUGUAUUAGUAUCUUUGAAAUAAGUGCACAAGAAAUUAAUCAAACUGUGAAUACAAAAAGCUCAAUUUUAAAUACGGAAACAUAAAGCACAUAAAGAAAGUAAAUCCAAAUUUCCAAGUGUUACUACUUUUGUUUGCCAAGUUGUGGCACCAACGACCACAAAACCAUCAGUUUCACUAGACUUCAGUAUGAAGUGUGCCAAAAUAUUACAACUGUUAUAUAUCACCACCAGCAGCAUAGGUUUGGUUCUCCAAAGAACUAACGGUUAGGGGUGGGGAAAAAAUUAUAUAGAUUUUUUUAAUGCCAGAAUCGAUAUAUUUGGAGGGUCUGCGUGGAUACGUCCUGCACCCUCACAUGUUAAAUCCAGCGUGG